UGACGCUUCGAAGUCGGGCGUAUAUCAUUACGGGGAUUGACAUAUAAUUAUAAAACGUUCGAGAAAUAACUGAAUAUUACCAAGUGUUUGUGAUUGGUGUAUCACGUGACUUUCUUACUACAGCGACAGACAAGUGAGAAAGAAAAAAACCGGAUUAAUCCGGACUUCACCGGUCCGAACCAGUUGUUAUCGAGUGUGAGUGCGCCAGCUCGAGUAUGGGCGGAUAUGGCAUGGCGUAGUGUUACGAUGGCCGCGCCGCUCGCCGCGCUGUACGCCGCGCUGCUGGCGUCGGUAGCUUGCCGCGUACCGACGCUCGAGCCGGUGCGUUUCGAGGCAGCUUUCCAAGGGCGGUGUGGCGAGGGCAGCCCGUGCGAGCAGCUGUGCCGGGAGCUCCACGACGGCACAUACGAGUGUGGCUGCGGGCCUGGUUACGUUCUACACGUUGACGGAUACGGGUGUCUUGAAUUAAACGCAACAAAAUCAACCGAAUCUUCGGGUACAAAAGAGGAUGUCCUAUAUCAGAAAGACGUAUCUUUUUCAGCUGAACUAGAAAUAGCCCCGUCCAAUAGAAUUAGUAAAACUAUUGUAAGCGAAAAACAUUUCGAUGAAAAAAGAAUAACAACAUUACCAACAAUACAAAAUGAUACUAAAGAAACAAAUUAUACUUAUACUGGACAAAGAUCUAAACAAAUUGAUGGACUGAAGAGUUUGAUGGAAGAUGGAGUUAGCAAAACUGAUAUUGAUAUUAUUUCUGAGGACAAAUUAAAAGAAGCCAAUCUUGAUGUUAGCGUAAAAGUUACAACACUCGGUCCAAGUUUGGAACAGAAGGUACCAGAUGCGACAGUGGCGCCGCCGUGGACCGCUGCGGUUGAAAGCUGCGACUGCGACUCCUGUAAUAGCGCACGAUGCUCCUGCCCACUCAGUAACAAAUGUAAAUCAGAUAUAAAGAUCUCAACGCCACGUUUCUCCGGCACGUCGUGGGUGGCGCUGCACGCAUUGCGAGGCGCGUACAAGCGCGUGCGAUUACGACUGCGCGUGCGGCCGGAACGCGCGCGCGGUGUACUUCUCCUCACCGGCGAACACGACGACCUUUCAGGAGACUAUCUGGCACUACUGCUGAGGAAUGGACAUCUGGAACUGAGAUUUGACUGCGGCAGCGGCGCUGGCAUCCUCCGCUCACCGGAGCCGGUACGUCUGGGAAGAUGGAACACGGUCUCCGUGUACCGACAUCGCUGGGACGCCUGGCUUAGACUUAACAACGGCAAACGAGUCCGUGGACGAUCUAAGGGUCUAUUCUCCCGGAUGACGUUCCGUGAACCUGUAUGGGUUGGCGGUGCAGGCAACACAACUGGGCUGCAGAACAAGCUGAGUCUCUCGGAAGGUCUACUCGGUUGCGUAGACUUUCUGAGGAUAAACGGUGACACAUACAGAUUGAUGAAAGACGCGAUCUCUACACAAGAUAUUGGGGAAUGCGCACCUACUUUAGCACCUUGGAAACCCUACAGAGAACCGACUACCAGUGAAACUAUACACCAUAAGCACUCAGAAAGCCACGGAAUAUACGAUAUAAAUGACAUUGUACAUUUCGAAGACAACGAUAUUGUUAUGAGAGAUGCAAAGAUAUCAGAUGAGCAAAACAAAAUGGACAAUUCACUCGAUGUAUUCAAACAUUACGAUUAUAAAAAAGCGAACAAUAUACUUGAUGUUGAUAAUAAUUUGAAAGAUGUUAAAAGUGAUGAAGUUAAAGGUGAUCAAGUUAAAAGUGAUGAAGUAAAAGAUGAAGGGAAAUGCGAAUGUGAACAUGGAGGGGGCUGCGUCGGUGGUGUCUGUUUAUGCCCGUUAGGUUAUGCCGGUGUUAAAUGCGAGAUAACAUUAGAUCUAAAGGUUCCCCGCUUCAAUGGCUCGUCCUAUCUUCGUCUGCCGAGUCUUGGUAACUCCGCACAGUCGUGGCUUGAUAUACAGAUAACACUAAAGCCGACAAGUGGAGAUGGUCUGGUGCUAUACGACUCUCAGCGGCCGAGCGGCGACGGAGAUUUCUUCUCGCUGCAUCUCAGAGAUUAUUUCGUUGAGUUCGCAUUCGAUCUGGGAUCGGGGAUAGCACUUGUCAGAUCGGCGUAUCCAUUAGAAGCCAACGCAUGGCACAAGAUAUCAGUCAGUAGGUCGGGUCGUCGCGCGUCAUUGCGAGUACGAGCCACCGACUUGAGGCCGACACGAGUGAUGUCGGGGCCGACUGCGCGACAAGUGACGGACACGACGCGCUCGGUGACGUCACACGGUGCGGCGCGGCGACUGACACUGACGCAGCCAAUGUUGUUGGGGGGAGCGCCGCAUCCUUUGCCGCCGAGGUUGGCCUUGAAGUCGUCCUUCAGUGGAUGUGUUGCACAGCUGGUAAUCAACGACGAAGAGUUAUCUGUGGUAUCAUCAGCUCUCGGAGGAGUCAACGUCGACAACUGCGAGGACCCGAAGAAUAAUUCUUGCUUAGACAAGAAUUUAUGUAAAGAAUCAAUACAACCAUUCCAAUAUUUGAAUAUAUCUGAAAACGAAAUCCGUCACUCCAUAGUCGCGAAGAAAGGAUUUAAAUUGAAAUAUCACAAAGUAAAAUCGAAGAAACAUCAUUAUACUGAAAAAUACAAGAAAUAUUUAGCUAAAAAUCAAUAUAUUCAGAACGAUGAGGCGAUAGACAAUGUACCAACAGACAGGCCUUACGAUGGUCAGACGUACAUGCAAGUUAAAUAUUUAAAUGGUAACGAAAUAAAUUGGGGAGAUACAAAUUCUUAUCCAAGUUUCACCGGCAAAGAUAGUUUCAUACAUAUCGAUGAUGAAGAAACUAUGAAAAGACUGGUAAGCUACAGUCUGGAUAUCAACGUGAGGUUCCGCGCGCAGGCGCCGCACGGUCUGCUCGUGUGGACUGGCCGCGCCCGCACGCGUGACCCCAGUGACCCCAGUGACCCCAGUGACCCCAGUGACCCACGUGACCCCAGUGACUCGCACCACAACGGAGACUUCCUCUCCCUAGCUAUAGAGAACUCCGUGCUAGUGUUCAGAUACGAUUUGGGUAGCGGAGAAGUUGUGAUAAUAGCAAAUCAUACAAAAGUGGACGACGGUCUGUGGCACCGCGCGCGCGCUACAAGAAAUCGUCAAGCGGGAGUACUAGAAGUGGACGGACUGGGCUCCGUUGGCAAAAUAUCGCCCGGGAAACUCAAACAACUUAACACUGAAAAUGGACUCUAUAUAGGAGGAUUGCCAUCAAUAGAAUUGAACACGAUGGGAAAAUACAAAAGUGGUUUAAUAGGAUGCGUAUCUCAAAUAUCAUUGAGUGGAGAUUUUGAUAUACCACUAUCAUUGUCAAAACUUCCUCACACAAUCACAAACAACGUGGGGAGAUGCAAUCCAUAAUAAUACAUUUAAAUGAACAACACGAGUUCAUUUAAAUAAAUCCAUAUAAUAAGUUCAUUUUAU